AUGGCCUCAAUUUCUCGUCCACCAGCCACAAAUUUGCGAGCCGCACAAGCUGAGCAUCUAGAUGCGAUGAAGGAGUCGCUAAGGAGUAUUAAUGCCAAGGACGUCGUACCAAUUCUUGUUGCUCGUCGUGUCUUGCAGAGCUUUGAAAUGACAAAAGUUUACGAUCAGGAAUCCGGCCAAGAACAAAUGGAUGCACUAAUCGACAUUCUGAAAACAAAGACACAUUGGAUGGGCCCGAUGACGGAUGCAUUGAUUAGAAACGGCCAAGGACUCAUCGCACAGCAGCUCAUCCAGCUUCAAACCGCCAAAAAUACC